GGCAUGGGAGAGAGGGGAGACGGCUCGGUCAAUCCGGCUCCAGCUCGGGCUUGUUGUUCCAUUGAGACAGCCUGGAGUGCCGACUGCAGAUCGGGCUGGGAAUGGAUGGAAAGAGAAAGGUAUUAGAAAAACCUUCGAUAAACUGUAAUGCACAAAGCUCAAAUGAUACUAGGACAAAACAUGUGCUUGAAGCAAACAAUGAAAGAUUCCGCCCUAAAAGAGCUGCUAUGCCAAUGGAAGAACCAAGCAAGUGUUAUUUAUUGCGAGAACUCACUGCAGAGAGAUCAUCCAUUGAGAAAGGAAUGCUGGAUGUUGAUCGACUCAUUCUUAAACUUUUUACAUCUGGCACUUUGGAUUUUGUCUCCUUGAACAAUAUUACUCAGUAUCCCAUUAGGAAUGACAGGACUCAAGCUCUGCUGGACCACUUUUUACAAAUAAAUAACAAUGGCAUUUUAAGGCAGUUUGUUUCUCAUAUGCGGGACCCAGUGAUACUAAAUGCAGAAGCACUAAACUGGGCUGAGUAUAUGCAAGGAUGCAGUGAUAGCUGUUGUAUGUUCUUCAUCAAGAAAUAUGCUGAUGUUUUUCAAUAUGUCUUGGAAGAAUACAGCGUGAAGCGCUUUGCGGAAUACUUUGUGAAAUCAGGAAUGCUGAAAGAAUCGGAGAGCAACGAUUUAUGCAAGUAUAACCAAAAGGAGGGAGCAGAACGUUUUAUGCACAUCUUAUUCACCAAAAAAACCAUUCUUUGUGUAGCAGACAUGUGGUUUACAUUAGUGCAACAUCAGAAUGACCUUCCUUAUCUGGGACCAUACAUCAACAGUUUCCUGAAAGCAUUUGAUGAACAAACCGGACCCCUCUGUCCACAAUUCGACCCUGAACUGCCAAUCAAACCGCUGUUAAUAAAGAAAUGCUAUGUCAAUGUCUAUCGUCUGCUUCAUUUAAUACAUGUGGAAGGCACAAAAGCUGUUCGGAAUAUUUUUGAUGCCCACAUAUCUCCAAAGGAAUUGGAUGAAGAAGUUACAAAGAAUAAAGUCUUAAUCAAGAAUCGGUUAGAAGGAACAGAUUUCAGCAAUGUCCGAAAAAGAUGGAUGAAUAUUGUUUAUUCCACAGAGAAGUCAAAAACUCUGCAUUUUACAUUGCCUUUGUUUCAUUUUCUUGCUGUGUUCAUGAAGAAGUUUCCCCGUCCCAAAAAAGGUUGGACUGGGAGGCUUGCAAGAUCUGAUACAUCCCCCGGAGCUUACUUACGGCGGAUCUGUGAAAUGCGAGAUUACCUUUUGAAAGGGAUUUUCCACACACACCUGACUUACGAAAAAUUUGACCAAAUAUGGAAUGAAGCUGCAGAAAUACUUGUUCAUCUUGGCAUUGAUGAUAAGCGACUCCAAGAACUUCGCUUGCAGCCAAUGAACGUUAUAUUCAUCGAUAGGAGAUACAUGGAGAAAUAUUUUAACAAGCCACUGUCCCAGCUUUUGGAAGAACUUAUUGUUAGACAUCACAAUGGUAUUGAUUCAGUCUGUGCUUGUUCUUUGGCAGAGGAUCUGUGUGCAGGGCAUGAAACCCAAAAGCCUGGGGUAAAAUUGGUUGAUACUACAGAAGAGCAUAAGGAAAAGGAGACCUCAGAGGAUGAGUUUGCAAAACCUAUUCCUGCAACAGGAGACUCAAAAUCAAAGAAAAGGCGGAAAAAAUCAAGAGGUAAAAAGAGUAAAAAGACAGAAGCUGCUGCCCAGACAACUUUACAGGAAGCUGAAAUGCUCAAGGAGUUAAAAAGUCCCCUGAGUCAGAACAGUGAAAUGCCUGAAGAACAAAAUCAAGAACUUAUACUGGAGCCUGAAGCUACAGGAGCUGCUGAAUCCUGUGACAUCAACAGUAGAAGUGAAGAAGAGAUAAGCCAGGUAAAGAUUUUGGAUGGAAAGGUUGAUGUUUGCGUCAACACUGAUGACGUUGAUCUUAAGGAGACUUUCAAAAGAAUAGAGGAAGAAAGAAACAGAUUAAUACAUACCCUUGAAGACCUGCGUGACAGCUGCAAACAAAUAGAAAAUGAAAGCCAUCUAGAAAUUAAAGCAUGGAAACAAAAAAUCCAUGAGAAGGAGAAACUGUGUGAGGGUCUCCAGCAAGAAAUUUUAAGUACCAAGCUUCAACUCCAGGAGGAAUCUUGCAAAAUAAUCCAGGAACAGAAAACUCAUCAAAUGCAGUUAAUUAAAGUCAAGGAACAAAUUAGAAUCAAAAGAUCUCAAUUUGAAAGAUGUGAAAAAUUAAUUAAUAACAAGAAUGAGGAAAUUGUAAAAUUGAAAAAAGAAUUGCAAAAUGAGCUAGAACAUUGGAGCCGUGAAAAGCUACAGCUGGAGGAAGAGCUUGCAAUUGCACAGCAAAGUGAAACAGAGAGUGUAAGGAAGGCAGUCAGUCAAGAGAGCCUUUUGCUAGAAAUGCGCAGAGAUUUCUUACUCAGGAACCUAGAGGAUGCCUUGCUGGAGACAGAACACCAGCUGAGCAUGCUUGCGGAUGAGAUGAGGAGACAGAUUGCUGACCCAUCACAGAUUCAGGCUGCUGUAAACAAGUGGGAAGCUAUUGCUGCUGAUCUCAGAAGUAAAAUUGAAUACACAAAGAUAAACUUCAAUGAUCACAUCUAUCUGAUCAAAAAGGGAGCCAAACUGAGUAAUCUGCCUAUGCUCAGCAAUCCUGAACCUCCAACCUCACUUUCUUUGCACAUUCUGAAAUCUCAAAGGAAAGCAAGCUCUCAGUAUUUAUCAGAGCCUCAGCCUUCUCUACAAUUGCAUGCUGCAACCACAACCGCUACCACAUCCACUGCAACAUCCAGUAUCUUACAAGGAUAUAGAAACAGGUCAGAAUUAAGCAGUUUUGUUGAUCAAGGACAAACUGAACAGAAAAUGUGGACGAGAAUUGAAAAUCAGAAGGCCUGUAAGCAGUUGGUGCAACAGCAGCGUAUUGAGGAAGACCCUUGCAUCAUUUGCCACGAGGAAUUAGUUCCCCCCAAGGAUUGCUAUAAGCUGGAAUGUAAACAUAUUUUCCACAAAAAGUGUAUUGAUUACUGGCUGAAGGAACAAAGCACAUGCCCUAUUUGCAGGAUUCUUGUGCGAAAGCCAGAGGACUAUCCACAGCUUUCAAAAAAAUAAGGUUCUUUCUUAAAGUAACAUUUGACAAAUGGGACUUUCAAGCAAGAAAAUAGAUAUUAGAUUGUGAAAAUACGUAUAUUUGAAAUGAAAAAAGAGAAUAAUGUUAUUUAAAUACUCAUUGUGUAGAACCUCAUGGUUUGAAAUGUUUUGUUCACUUUUCACAACAUUCACUUUGACUGCGAUCAGUCCUGAUUAACUUCAUUAUCCUUUAAAGUUGUGAUAUCUGCAUAUAUUGUUUCAUGUAGUUACUGCAGGGAUGAUUUUACUUUGUUUCUCCAAUACCAAUGUUACAGUUUUGGAAUCAGGAGUGUGAAUAAAUGUUUUUGAUUUGCAUUACUCCUUGGUGAAACUUAACGCAGAAGGAAUGCAAUAGAGCUUUAUUUUAGCUUACAAACCAUCAAUCUCCAUUAUUCUAUGGCCUCAAAAUACGUAGUCAUGCAUAUGAUCUUCUCUGACAUCUGGACUCUCUUACUUCCACCUGGGACCACAGGUUAGCAUUCAGGAGGCAGAACUCUUAACAGGGGAAAGAAGAAUAUAUCUGAUGACUGGAGGUUUGAAUGGGGGACUUGGCUGGCUCAAUUAUCCUCAGAUGUGCAUUUACCAACUCAGACAGCAGUUUUUGAACUAGAGAUCAAAAAGUAUUUGUUUAGUUGAAGAGUGAAAGAAGAAAAAUAACAACUCAGACUGACAAAGGAGCAAGAGUGAGGAAGUUUAGUCAAAACAAUUGAGAGAAGACAACCAGGUUGAUACAGGAAGAUGUGCAAUUGGGAGAAGUUGUGAAAACUUCAGGCAACAUCCAGGAAAAUCCUGAAACAUGAAUAUUGUAAACUUCAAAUUGUUUAACUUACUUCUGGGAGAAGGUAAGAAAACAUUGUAUUCAAUGUAUGCCUAUGAAUUACUUUUAUUCACUUGUGGGCCAUAGGUGUCACUGGCUGAGCCAGUAUUUAUUCCCCAUCCCUAGUUGCCCUUGCUUAGCUGCCUUCUUGAAUGGCUGUAGUGUAUUUACAGUAGGUAGUUCCACAAUUUGUUAAGGAGAGAACUCCAGUAUUUUGACCCAGUGAUUUGCAUAUUCUGAAUUUAUUCCAUUUUAUUAUAAAAGCAAAAAAAAUCACAAAGUGAGUAUGUAGUUAAACACAUAGCUAUUGCAUUUACCUUCUAAUGUAAACCCUAUACUUUAUAAUUCAUUCAGUGUGUGGGAGAUAUUUAUCAGCCAGCAUGUUCAGUGAUUCUGGUACAAAUUUAGUUAUAUCUCAACCAGUUUGCAAUUUAUUUAUUUAAGCAAUGAUAUCAUUCACUUACUUUUAAAAAUAAUGCUUCUGUUUAUUUAGCAGUCAACAUACUGAGAUAAUUCAGAGUCUUGCACAUACAAAUUACUUUCAAGGUGCAGUGGCUGUUAUGUGAGCUGAUGUGACAAUUAAUCUGUACCAACAAUGUCCCAUAAAUAGCCAUAAGGAUCAGUAGUCAGUUAAUACAGUAUUGGUUGGAAGAGAAAAGAUAACCAGCAUCACAGUGACUGUUUCAAACUUCAACAUUACUCACUACAGCAAAGAAUUCAGUUUGAAAUAUCAUUGAAGCCAGUUGACAAAAUUGUCUGGACAAACCAGUUGUGUAUCAUCAUUAACGAAGAGCAAACUGUCAAGAUGGUCCUGAUUCAUACCAGAAAUACCCUACUCUGUGUGUGUUUUUCUUAAUACACAUUAUAAUAGUUUGCAAGUAAGAACAGUGACUAUGAUUUUCUGACAGGUUAAAAAUAUUGCCUCAUUUAUAAAAUAGCUACCUGACUGUCUUGAUUUUACAGAAAACAACUUUCCAUUAGCUCAUUUCUCAACCAAGAAGCACUCAAAUUUUACCCUUGCAUCUUGUUGUUUGAUACACAGAUAAGAUUGGAUUAAAAAAAAACAAUAAAAAUGUACAAAAAUUUAAAUGACUCCAAUUACUUGUAGUUGUUCAUUUUCGAUGCCAGAGAGGUUGACUGGCGCAAUAAACAGUUAUCACAUAAGUGCAUUUGAGCUUGACACAAAAUGUUAACAUUCUAUGGCUUGCAUAAAAAAGGGUUUUGUUGCCAGGAAUCAUGCUGCAUUUGCAGUUUGUUAGUUUGAUAGUCUAAAAGCAGUAUUUUUUGCAGAAUUGUAAUUUCAAGAAAAGAUUGAGUCUGUUGAUUGUUUUGAACCUUGUUCCUGUGAACUUUGCCUUAAACCUAUACGCUUACAUCUAGCAAUUCUUACGUGUUUAUGAAAGAUAAAUUCACUUGAUAUGCUGUGCACGUGUGCCUUUAAGAAUACACCUCAACCACCACCGACGCUCAGUAUCAGCAGUGUGUACUAAGUACAAGAUGCACUGCAGAAAAUUGCCAAAGAUCUUCAGACAGCACCUU